AAUAAUUACAUCUGAUGAGUGGUCCAAUAAAGAUUGUAAUGUUAGGGGAAGGUUAGAUAAUAUGAAUGAAUAUGAUUAGGUAGAGUUGGAAAGACAUGUCUGACAUUGAAAUAUUGUAAAAAUGAAUUCAAUGGGGAAUAAUAAUCUUCUGUGGAUGCUACUUUUUUUGAGAAGAGUAUAGAUUUAGGUGGUGGUAAGAACAUAACAUUAGCAAUUUGGGUAUUAUUUGAAUUGAAUAAUAGGAUACUGCAGGAUAAGAGAUAUUUCAUGCUUUAACUACAGUUUAUUAUAGAGAUGCUUAUGGAGCAGUAUUAGUAUAUGAUGUAACAUAUAAGGAAUCAUUUCUUAAAGUAUAUUAGCUAUAUUAUUAAUUUAGGUAGAGAAAUGGGUAGAGGAAUUAAGAUCAUUUGGAACUAAAGAUAUAUGUAUUGUUGUUGCGGGUAAUAAAAGUGACUUGAAAAACCAAAUAUAAAUUGAUAAAAAUGAAGUUGAAGAAUAUUGUAAAAAGAUUGGAGCUAAACAUUUCUUUACUUCUGCCAAAUCAGGCGGAGGUAUAAAUGAAAUGUUUCUAUCUUUGGCAGAAAGUAAUACUUAUAUUUAAUUAUAGGUAUCUCAAUUAAAGUAUAAGCAUAACAAAGUAAAGGUAAAAAAAAGAAAGGUUUAUAAAUUAAAGAUGUUAAAGACACUAAGAAAUCUAACUAAAAAAAUGAAGGAUGUUGUUGA